AUGUCUGCUGUCAACUACAAGGUCGCUGAUAUCAGCUUGGCUGCUUUCGGUAGAAAGGAAAUUGAACUCGCUGAGAAUGAGAUGCCUGGUCUCAUUGAGACCAGAAAGAAGUACGCCAAGGUCCAACCUCUUAAGGGUGCUAGAAUUGCUGGUUGUUUGCACAUGACCAUCCAAACCGCUGUUCUCAUCGAGACUUUGACUGCUCUUGGUGCUGAGGUCACUUGGUCUUCUUGUAACAUUUUCUCUACUCAAGACCACGCUGCUGCUGCCAUUGCUGCUACUGGUGUUCCUGUCUUCGCCUGGAAGGGUGAGACUGAGGAGGAGUACCUCUGGUGUAUUGAGCAACAAUUGAAGGCUUUCAAGGACGGUAAGAAGUUGAACCUCAUCUUGGAUGAUGGUGGUGAUUUGACUUCUUUGGUCCACGACAAGUACCCUGAGAUGUUGGAGGGCUGUUUCGGUUUGUCCGAGGAGACCACUACUGGUGUCCACCACUUGUACAAGAUGUUCUCCAGUGGACAAUUGAAGGUUCCUGCCAUCAAUGUUAACGACUCUGUUACCAAGUCCAAGUUCGAUAACCUUUAUGGAUGUCGUGAGUCUCUUGUCGAUGGUAUCAAGCGUGCCACCGAUGUCAUGAUUGCUGGUAAGGUCGCUGUUGUUGGUGGUUACGGUGAUGUUGGUAAGGGUUGUGCCAUGGCUCUCCACAGCAUGGGUGCCCGUGUCCUUGUCACUGAGAUUGACCCUAUCAACGCUCUUCAAGCUGCUGUCUCUGGUUACCAAGUUGUGACCAUGGAGGAGGCUGCCAAGGUUGGCCAAAUCUUUGUCACUACCACUGGUUGCAGAGAUAUUAUCACUGGUGAGCACUUCGAGUCUAUGCCCAAUGACGCCAUUGUUUGUAACAUUGGUCACUUCGACAUCGAAAUCGAUGUUGCUUGGAUCAAGGCUAACGCUCAAUCUGUUGUCAACAUCAAGCCUCAAGUUGACAGAUACUUGUUGAAGAAUGGUCGUCACAUCAUCCUCCUUGCUGAGGGUCGUUUGGUCAACCUUGGUUGUGCCACUGGUCACUCUUCUUUUGUCAUGUCUUGUUCUUUCACUAACCAAGUCUUGGCUCAAAUCGCUCUCUUCAAUGCUCACAACAAGGAGUUCCGUGAGGAGUUCGUCGAGUUCCAAAAGUCUGGUCCUUUCGAGAUCGGUGUUCACGUUCUUCCUAAGGUUCUUGAUGAGGAGGUUGCUCGUCUUCACUUGGCCCACCUCGGUGUCCAACUCUCCAAGUUGACUUCCAAGCAAUCUGAAUACCUUGGAAUCUCUCAAGAUGGUCCUUUCAAGCCCGACCACUACAGAUACUAA